AUAUAUGGGACAUUAUUUAAAUGAAAUUGCAACAAUGUAAGUAAUAUGUCAAUGGAUACACACACACACACAACGAGCUAAUUUUUGUCUUCUUGCACUGUCUAAAUGACUUAAUUGCAAAUCUACACUUUACAGAUAUUAAUAAUGAGUAUUCGUGCAAUCAUGAUUAAUGCAUGCAAUUAAAAAAAAACAGAAUAUCAAUGACUGAUAAAGAAUACAAUUAAUCUAGUAAAGAAAAUUUGAAUGCAUUUGGGAAUGAUGGCUGCUGUAAUAUUGUUAUUAGGAUAAGAAGUUACAUUGUUGACAAAGAUUUAUUGAAGACGGUGUAUAUAAUAUAAAGAAUGAUAGCAAUAGUUUUAGAGGCGAAUACUUUGGCAUAUUAGAUUAAUGGUGCAAUCUUCCCAAACAAAACGAGAAAACGUACUUGAUGAAAAGAAAAAAUAUGCAUUAAGCAUAUAAUAAUGCUGGAAUAGUGAAAAGAGAUGAGCUACUAAAGUACUAUUAAAAGUUUGUUUCAUAAAUGUCUUUCUGUAAAUAAACAUUACAAAUAAACAUCUAUGUAAUUCUUUUCAUCGCGAAAUCAUUUAUUUAGUUUUCUUACCAUCUUUCCGUAUAAAGACGCUAAAUUAUGAGUAUCUGUUCAUGUAAAACUAUCAUUUGCGGGAACUGAAGCAAGUUCGUCACAUUUUUGAUAUCCAAAAAAAGAAAGGUUGUUUUUCAUUCAAUAGGUGCUGCUUGAGACUCAUCCUUUAAAUCUCUCCAGCUGUACCAUUCUUUACGUCUGCUUUUGAUGAUUUUGAUUAUGUGUCCUAAGAUAUUCAUCAACUGUGUUUCGAAGAUAAAUACGCAACAAUCAUGUUCUAGAUUUUAAAUCGUUGUUUUGCAGUUAUAAUAUAUGUUUAAUGGUUCUAAUCUAACACUGGUUCACCUACAGAAACUAAUAUUGUUUUUGUUAGAAAGAGGUAGUUUACCAUAUUUCGAUAUUCUUUCCCUUUUAAUAUUACGUCAAAAAUAAAGUUGUUAAAAAUAUGUAUAAUAUUUGUUUUUCCCAAAUCAUGAUGUAUAUAAAGUUGUCUACAAAAAUCGUAAACAAAAUAAAAACAUUCCUUGUCAUACUGCAGAAUCAUAGUUAUUGCAGAAUCAAUGCUAAUACAUUGCUAAAAUGCUUUUCAGAUUUUUGCAAUAUUCUAUCAAUAAUAACGUAACAUAAUGUAUUGAUUAAAACAAUACAUAAAGCUUUCUUCUAGCUACUUAAUGAAUAUAAUUGAGUAAGUUGAUAAAUCAUGCACAUUAUUGUUUCUAUUUACAUUUAGUAUUAUACAACAAAAUAUUUUGAAUUCCCUUAACUAAACUUAACUUUAUAUUUUAAAUCCUUCACUAAAAGUAAGACAAAAUUCCUUGUAAGUAACAGAUUGGUGGUUGGUUGGUGGUGUCCGUACUUUACCAGUAAUUCCAGACUUUAAUGUACGUAUAUAAAAUCGAUGAGCCGCUGCUCUGCUAACGCACAUGUGAACAUCACGACUGCACACAACGGACUGAAACGCCAAGAACUACUGGGGCAGUGGAAAAGGGAACUGCGCUUGCGCGUACUUCCUUCUCUAGCAUCAUUUUACGAAUAUUUUACCGUGGGAAUUGAACACGCGAUGAAAUUUUUCUUCUUUCCGUGUAAGGUAAAUUUCUUACUUGUUGAGUGCUUUUCUCGUGUGAAGACAUUAAAUUAUCAUCAAACAAUUGUUAUAAUCGCAUGGUGGUAUCAUCUAUAGUGCGCUGUAUUUACGCUAAUUUAAAUAAUUUACUUGGAAAUUACUCGGAAAGAGGAAACUUGUAAAACACUCUAGCGAUGAGUGGAGGGAUGCAAAAACCAGCGUGGAUUAUUUCGCAGUCAAAUACAAAGUUCGAUGAUCGUAAAUGAUGAUCUGUAUUAAAAAGCGUUUCUUCAACUGGAAUCGAUUUCUUCUGCUCCUUUUCGGCUUGUGGCCUUACAAGGAAACAAUAUUCACUAAUUUGUUAGGAACAUUGGUUUGUAAUUAUCUGAUGAGCAUCAUUGUAGUUCUGCUUUUAAGAUUCUACUUUGUAGAAUGUAGCUUUGACUUUGUUGUUAAAAUGUUGUGUGGUGUGACAUUCUAUGCCAUACUUGCGAUUCCGCCCAUCACAAUGUGGAUGAAAACGAAAGAUGUCAGAUAUUUACUUGAUCAACUGCAACACAUCUACAAUCAACUAAAGGACAAAGACGAAAUUGCUAUCUAUGAUAAAUACGGAUAUAUUGCAAAACGUAUGACGAUUAGAAUAAUAAUACUAAUUAUGAGCGGACUAUAUUUUAUUGGUGUCAUGGUGUACUGGCCGUACACUUUUGACAUCAUUAUGCCGAAAAAUGAGUCUUACGCAACUCGCAUCAUGGAAUUUGUGACCGAGUACUUCGUCGUACAAGAGCAGUUUCAUUUUUUUCUUAUUCUGCAUUUGAGCACAGUCAGUUUUACAGGGUCAGUCCUAACGACAGCAGUGGGAACGAUGAUAAUAUCAUAUUUCAAGCAUAUCUGUGGAAUGUUUGAAAUUGCCAGUUAUCGUAUUGAGAAGGCAAUGGCAAUCGAGUUGUUACAUAACUUUGACAUGAAGAAUGGAAUUGUAAUUUGCAGAAAGAUUAUCUGUGCCGUAGAUAUACAACGCCAAGCUAUGGAAUUCGCUACAGCUUCUGUAAAUAGUCUUGAAGGAUCCGUUUUAGCUUUAGUAAUAAUUAUUGUGCUUUGCAUGAGUUUGAAUCUUCUUCGAAUAUUUCAAAUUGAGUCCCCUGCGGAAAGAAUUGAGGAAGUUUUAUUACAUCUUUCGGUUGUAAUAAUUAUUAUGUGCAGCACAUUACUAGCCAAUAACAGUGGGCAAGAAGUUACAGAUUACAGUAAUCACGUGUAUGUAACUAUAUACAACGUUCCAUGGUACUUAGCACCGGUAAACAUACAGAAACUGAUAUUAUUUUUAUUACAAAGGAGCAGUAAAAUUUUCACCCUAAAUAUCAGUGGAAUAUUUGUAGCAUCUUUAAAAUGUUUUGCUACACUGAUUAAUGCAUCAAUGUCCUACUUCACCUUCAUGUACUCUGUGCAAUAAUAACGAGUACAUAUUUUGAUAGUAUAUUAAACUAUAGUAAGUAGAUAUCAAAUACGCCUUCGGGCUUUUCUCUUUCUUCAUAAUUGUAGAUGCUGGUCGAGACGGUAUUAGAAAUACAUAUGUAUACGUAUUUAUAAAAUAUCUCUUUUUCUUUCGGAAUCGCCAUGUCCCACAAAGUACGCAGACAAAUAUUGCAUUAGUUGAAAUAUACAGGGUGUCUUGAUGACCCCGUGCCACCCGUUAAUGACGUGUAAUUUGAACUUAGCUGAAUAGAAAAGUCCAAUGUCAUUUUGCGAUUUUCGCAAUAUUAACGGAGUUAUUAAUUAAUAAAUAUAAGCGAAUGAGGGCGGUGCGUGCAGCGAGAUAGGUUGGUAGGAGGGCCGCGCGCUCUUUGAUACCGCGAGCUGGGCGGCGCGCGGUGAGGGAGAAUGGGGUGUCUUAGAUACUGACAAUAACAAGGGCGCGCGGGGGGUCCUCCUACUGACGGCUAUCUUGGAGACUGAUAGAAACAGCGUGUGACGCUGGGGCCCCGCGCUGAGCGAUAAUUGAUUCAUAUCCUUUUUUCCAAAAUAGUUUAUUUUGUGGCAAUUUUAUUUUAAGGUAAAAGAAAUUGUUUUUAAGGCAAAGGAAAGGAAAGCUAUCGUUUCCUCACCACCUUGCGGUAGAUAGCACGGAGCGUUUUUUUAGGGCCGGUUUUUCAAUCAUGGUUUAAACGUAGAUCUAAGUUUAAACCAUGAUUGAAAAACCGGUCCUUAAAGUGAUUUCUCCAAUAGACCUAAUCCACUCUCAUUAUUUAAUGCAAUAAUUGUUCGAAGUGCCUUCCUCGUUGCUCUAUGCAGAGUUCGGCUCUUCGAACAAUGUUACGCGUUGCACGUUGCGCCAUGUCCGGCGUGAUGGUAUUGAAGGCCGCGAUAAUUGCUUCACGUACUUCAUGUUCUGUGCCAUCACGCCAGUGCUCGACUAAAUUCUUUAUGUAGCCCCAAA